UCUUCCGGAUUUCUUCCUCUCCAACAAGCGCAAGGUGCCAUAAACCCUUCUUCUGCAGCCGUGUUUCUUGCAUUCUUCUGUUCAGUUUCGAAUUCGAUCGAUUUUCGCCUUCUAUAGACGUUUUUCUUUCUUCCUCUAACGCGAUGAGUCGCGAAAGCGUGCAUGAGGCUGAUGACGAUGAAGAAGAAGACGACAUUGGUGAAGAUCUCGAAGACUUAAGACGCGCCUGUAUGGUCUCCGAGGCCAAUUCCGAUGAAGUUGUUGAGAAAUCCGGUUCUGUUGGAGCGGAUGGAGGCGGCGGCGGAGAGAUACCGUCUGAUUCCGAGAACGAAGACGAUUUCGAGAUGCUUGGGAGCAUAAAGAGCCAAUUAGCCUCGUCGACGGGAUUGGGAGAUGGUCCUCUCAUGGGUUUAUCAGUGCCCUCGGAUUCGGAGAGUGAAGACGACCUCGAGAUGCUUCGGAGCAUUAAGAGGCAAUUAGCAUUGUCGAUGGAUGCAAGCGUUCCGCCGAUGGGUUUAUCCGACGACGACGAAGAUGAUUCGUUUGAGACCCUCUGCGCUAUUCGUAGGCGAUUCUCUGCUUUUGAAAAUUCCGGUGAGCUCAAUGGUGACAGAAAAAAUCCGGAGGUAAAUUUGAUGAAUGAUUCUCCCGGGAAGAAAAAGCAGGUACAUGCCUCGGACAAUGAACCUUCAAGAGAAAUAUUGAGUAGAUCUAAUACUUGUGAAAGCUUUCCAAAUCACGACAAAUCAGUUGUCACAGUGCCAGAUUCAGAAGGAGUACAAGCUGGGAAUUCUGUUGAAUUUCAUGAAAACACUGCCAUUGAGCCUUUUGACCAGCUGGAGACAUGCCAAUCAUCUCUUCUGCCAGCUGCGAGUUCAAGUUUCCCUGAAUCUGCACAAGCCUUUGUUGAUGCAAUCCGGAGGAACAGGUCAUAUCAGAAAUUUCUUCGAAGGAAACUAACCGAGAUUGAGGUAAAGAUCGAGCAGAACGAGAAACACAAGAGAAAUGUUAAGAUAGUACAAGAUUUUCAAGCUUCUUGCAAGAGAAUAACUAAACAGGCACUUUCUCAGAGGAAAGAUCCUCGAGUUGAAUUAAUCUCAACACGAAAAUCUGGGCCACGAGAUAGCUCCGAGGGUAAUGAUAAGAAGACAUCUCCUUUGACGUUGGGUCCACUGGAAAACCCUUGCGUUGCAAAUUAUAGGAUGGCAAUAGAGAAAUAUCCAGUUUCAGUGGAUCGCAGAAAUUGGACUACUGAGGAGAACGAAUAUCUUGCAAAAGGUCUGAAACAACAAUUUCAAGAAACACUGCUUAAUGAAGCUAUUGAACGGUCAAGUGACUCGGAAGGAUCUACACAGGAUAUAUAUACCAUUAACGAAUCAAUCAAAAAUCUUGAGAUCACACCAGAAAUGAUCAGGCAGUUUCUUCCUAAAGUUAAUUGGGAUCAGUUGGCCUCGAUAUAUAUCAAGGACCGUUCUGCUGCGGAAUGUGAAGCUCGGUGGAUGAGCUCGGAAGAUCCAUUGAUUAACCACAGUCCCUGGACUGCAGAAGAGGAAAAUAACCUACUCUUAAUUAUCCAGAAAAAUUGUUGUACAGACUGGCUUGACAUUGCGGUAUCACUUGGGAUGAAUAGGACCCCAUUCGAAUGUUUGGCUAAAUAUCAGAGAAGCUUGAAUGCAGACAUAUUGAGAAGAGAAUGGACUCCAGAGGAAGAUAAACAACUCCGCGCUGCAGUAGGCUUGUUUGGUGAAAACGAUUGGCAAUCUGUUGCAGAUGCAUUAGAAGGAAGAGCUGGAAAGCAGUGCGCUAACAGAUGGAAAUGGUCGCUUCACCCUACCAUAGAAAAGAAAGGGAGAUGGAGCUCAGAGGAAGAUAAACGUGUGAAAGUAGCUGUGACACUCUUUGGAGCUAAAAACUGGCAUAAAAUUGCUCAGUUUGUUCCUGGACGAACCCAGGUUCAGUGUCGAGAGAGAUGGGUAAAUUCUUUAGAUCCCAAAGUAAAUCGUGAUAGGUGGACCAAGGAAGAGGAUGCAAAGUUGAGAGAAGCAAUCACAGAACAUGGAUAUAGUAGCUGGUCCAAGGUCGCUUCACGUCUGUCUCGUCGUACUGACAGUCAGUGCCGGAGGAGAUGGAAGAGCUUAUAUCCUCAUCAAGCGGCUGUUAUACAAGAAGCUACUAGGUCACGAAGAGAAGCUAUUGUAGGUAAUUUUGUUGAUCGGGAAUCAGAGCGUCCUGCCCUUCUCGCAGGCGAUUUUUUGGCACUACCGGAGAUAUCUCUUGAGUCAGAACCUGAAAUUGUUUCCCAGAAGAAGAAAUGCAAAGCAAGACGGAAGAAAUCAGAUGUAGAAUGCGAGAUAACUCUUGAGCCAGAACCUGAAAUUGUUUCCCAGAAGAAGAAAUGCAAAGCAAGACGGAAGAAAUCAGAUGUAGAAUGCGGGGUAACUCUUGAGCCAGAACCUGAAAUUGUUUCCGAGAAGAAGAAAUGCAAAGCAAGACGGAAGAAAUCAGAUGUAGACUGCGAGAUAACUCUUGAGCCAGAACCUGAAAUUGUUUCCCAGAAGAAGAAAUGCAAAGCAAAACGGAAGAAAUCAGAUGUAGAAUGCGAGAGCGAAGCAUCUUGCGCUCCUACAGAAAGACAACCAAAGAGGAGGAGAAAAGGCUUGGAGGGACGCUCAGGAGAUGUAUGUAGACAAGAGAGUGACUCUGUCUGUGAAAAUGAUGAAAACAAUGGAGGUGUUAGGUUUUUGGAACGGUGUAACGAGAACCAAGAGAAUGUAAAGGAGAAACGAAGACGAAGUCGAAGAAAUGUUGCAGCAACAUCGAGCAGCAGCACUGUGACCAUUAACUGCUCUCAAGUCAAAGUUGGUAUCAAGAAACUUAAGCCUAGGAGAAGAGUGUACUAGUUCCUACCGAGAAACAAGAUGUACCAAAUUAGGUUUUUUUUUUUUCUGUUGCUCUUGUAAAUUUUGUAUGUAUAAAUACGUCUAAUCCAAACAGGUUUUU